CAAAGAUCAGGUAUACCAUUAGUCCGAAGCAGCUAGAAAUUUCAAUAAAUGUUAAGGACGGGACCUCCCUUUUUCUAGAACUGCAUAAUUUGGUCAUUGUGAUGAAGAUUUUGAGCAUUACUCGUAAUUUAAAAUGUAGGUGUUUAUACACCACGAUCAACACAAUUUACAUUAUUUUGGUUUGGGGCUGUUCAUUAACAACAACGUUGGGACCAACCUGAUCCAAGCGGAAGACGACACCACAAAAAAGACCCGGAUACUCCACAAAAAUUAUCGCCUCUCGGAAAUCGGACUCGGGUCUCGUGCGUGCGACACUGAAGUGCCUAAUCACUACACCAUAGACGCUUGUAACGAGCAUUACUUGUCUCAGAUUUCUGUGUGUUGAAUGAGCACAGGCUUACGGAAUUGUUCAUUUCUUUGUCUAUUCAAACUGUGCAGUUGGUCAUGGACAUGUUUAUUUCUGAAUGGAGGUGACAAAAGACAAACAGUCGUCUUUUCUUUCAAUUUGUCAGCAAGAUGGCGUCUGAAGUGGUGAUCAGGCGUGCACAGCAGUCAGAUUACAACGACGUUGUGUAUGGAAUUGGAGAUGUUUUCAAUGGCAGGGACUACUUAAAAACAAAGUACCUGGAGUUGCUUGAAGACCCCGACGUUCUACCAUUCGUGGCAGAGAUGGGGGAUGAAAUAGUCGGAUUUUACUGCGGACAACUCGUAGAUAACAGAAGAACACUGGUGAAGAGAGCAGGGAGGGUCAAGGAAGGAUACCGAGGUAAGGGUAUAUUCUUUAUGCUGAACAACACUAUCGAGUUCGAAGCGGCCAAAGAGGGAACUGUCAUGGUGGGAGCGAUGGCUUGCAAGAAAGACAAUGCAGAAAGAGUCUCCAACGGUUUCGCCGAGAGGAAAGGAUUCCGUCUGAACAUUCACUUGAAAGUGUACAGCAUAAAGUUCGAAAGAAGCAAAGUCCCAACGGUGGAUCCUUCCACUUACCAAAACGUCCACGAAAUGACAUUAACUGAGGUGGAAGAACUUUUCAAUGACGAGGUUACAUGGAACAGACUCCUUCACCACGAACGAAUAUGCGUUCAUUACGUACCUUUGCGCCGAGUCAAGGAGAACAUACGGCAUGUCAUCAACCACAGAACGAAAGCCUUCAUGUCUUUUGGACCUUCAGAUGUCAAUGACGCUGGUGCUCCUUUGGACAGAAAGGUCCAAAAUGCCACCAUGCUCUCUACAAUACAUUUCUUCAAAACGAAUUUGGGUUUGGGUUUUAAUUCUGACUUCUAUGGCGCAGACCUCCAAGAUUUAGAAUCCCAUCUGCAAAUGCAUUUUCGUCACAUUUCGGAGGCUGAGGAUGCGACUAUAAGCUGGGUCGUCAACAUUGACGUUAAUCUGGACUCAAAAGUUAGGGAAAGACUGAAACAAUCUUUGUCUGCCUAUGGAAUACAGCUUACACAGAACCCUAAUGUUCAAGAAGAAUACAUUUUUGAAAGACGCUUUUCACCCCCCAGAGCCUCAGACGAAAGGGGAACAUUGAACACUCAUCUUCCCUGAUGUCCCUCCGCAGCUGUUUCAGAAAAUCAACUUGUCUGGUCCUUGUACUUGUUGACAAUUUAAUGAGUUUGAGCCACACGUGCUUUGACACACUGAAAAUUUUAGUUGUUUUUUCUACUGAUGGUAAGAGCACAAUAUGACCCCUGCACACACACACACACACACACACACACACACACACACACACACACACACACACACACACACACAAACACAAACACACCCUUUCAUGAAGUCACCAGGGAGGCGUACACUUUUUAUUUCUCUCUAGCAGUUGAUUGGUGGCUUCUUUGUAGUAGUAUGAUGCAUGUUUUUCUUUCUGUUUGACAAGUAUUCCCAUUCUUCGAUAUGGAGAAAUCCCCUUACUUGACACAGCACCCCCCAUGUGAAUGAUCUUGUUAUUAAAACUUGUAUGAUGUUUUAUAGUUAGUAUGAGAGGGAUACAGCAAAAUUAUUGUAAUAAUAUUAUAUUUCUACGGUUGUUGUUUUUUCGGAUACCGCUACUAUUAUCUGUGUGAUAUUGUUCAUUAUUCAUUCUUAUUGUUGAAUUUACUACUUGGUUUACUGUAUCCUUCCUCUUGUAACGUGAUAUCUCAAUGGGAGGUGGAACUUUUGUUCAAAGCAGGGUGGGUGGCUUCAGUCUGUUGUUGAUAUGUUAUUCUAUUUUAGGAGCAUCUUUAAAAUGACAUCCGUCCAAGUAUUUUCUGCCUGUGCCCCCCGUAUAACGAGUCUUUUCGGUUGUAAGCACGUGCAGGUUGGUUUGGUGAUAAUCUUAUUAGAUGACAGCCUCUGGAUUCUCUGCUGUCUCGCUCUUUAUGCAGUCUUUCUUUGUAAUGCUAAUUUUUUAGGUGUUUCGUCUUACUGGGAAUCCUUUACCUUUUCGUACGCUGUUUACCCGCAUUUCUGGCAUUGUUAAGCCAGUAUUGGAAGGGAUAACAUGCUGCUAAUAAGUUGUCUUUUUAUUUUACUACCAUUAGAAGGUGUUUAAGGGUGAAUUGUGACAAUUACGGUUACUUAACUUGCUUUUUGGGCUCUCAUUUCAAUUUCCAAACGCAGGUGUGCCCUGCCAAUGAUGGUAUAAUUUAGUGGGCCUUGGCUUCUGCUGGUUUUCAUUACCUCUAUUUUAGAAAUGCUCAUUUUCAUCAGGUGUUCUUUUCCGUUCUCGUUCAGGCUCUUUGUACUCAUAUGUUCUUACAGGCUCUUUGUACUCAUAUGUUCUUACAGGCUCUUUGUACUCAUAUGUUCUUACAGGCUCUUUGUACUCAUAUGUUCUUACAGGCUCUUUGUACUCAUAUGUUCUUACAGGCUCUUUGGGUUUGUAUUUAAGAUGUCCUGGUCAUCAGCAAACAAAAGUUCAUUAAAAUUUACUGUUCGGUUG